AUGGCCUACUUUAUCGGUAGAGCCGCGGCUGGGCGGGUGCGGAUGAGCAUGCGCGCUCCGCACGUGCGCGCGUACGCGGAGAUGCUGGCGCGGUUGCAGGCGGAGGUUGCUUCGGAAGUCGAUAUCGCGGCUGAUAAUAUCGCGUACAGCUACAAGCACGUCACCAACGGAUUCGCCGCGCUACUCACCCCCGCGCAACUCCGCCGCCUCGCGCGCCACCCCGCCGUCGCCUCCGCGCGCCCCAGCCGCCCCCUCCGCCCCGACACCAUCGAUUCCCCCGCGUUCCUAGGGCUCGCGGAACUCGCAAGCGCGCGCAACCGCGCCAACCGCGGAAGCGGGGGAACGUGGAGCGCGCUUGGGGGCCAGCAGAGGGCGGGGGAAGGGAUGGUGGUGGGGGUAAUAGACUCUGGAAUUUGGCCCGAGCAUCCGUCGUUUAGCGACAAGAAUUUCAGCGCCAGCCGGCCAAACGGAUGGUCAGGAUCGUGCGAUGCCACGUCAGACUUCCGGUGCAACAACAAGAUAAUCGGGGCGAGGGUCUUCAACGCGGCAUUCCGCGCGAAGCACGGGAAACCGGACCUUAGUACUGAUUGGCUGUCGCCGCGAGAUGGAUUCGGCCACGGCACCUGGUGUGCGGGCGCCGCAGCGGGCAACAGCGGCGUGCCCAUGGCGGGCGGCGGGGCGAGCGGCAUGGCGCCAGCAGCGCGGCUGGCAGCCUACAAGGUCUUCUGGUAUUCCCAAGGCGACCGCCCGGAGAUGCGCGCUCUGGGCGGCGAAUCUGCGGAUCUUCUGGCGGCGGUGAAUCAGGCUGUAGCGGACGGCGUGCAUGUGAUGUCCAUAUCUCUCUCGGCCGACGACCCUGAAGCCACGUAUAUUGAUGACGUGGCAUACAUGAACGCGAAUCUGGCCGGGGUGACGGUGGUGAUGUCAGCGGGCAACAACGGGGCGCCUCUUUCAAACCCCCUCGGUUCAUACCGCACCAUCGCCAACUUUUCUCCCUUCUACCUCACAGUGGGGGCCAGCUCCAUUACACGAGGAGGCGUGUCUCUCGCCACCUCUCCAGCAGCACACGAAGAAUACGGGAGCAGUGAAGCAGAAACUGAAAAUCAUCAGGAAGCGGAAACAAAACGAAGCACUGCAGCAGUCAUGGGCACAGUAGGGGCAAAUUCAGCAGGCACCACCACAACCAGCAGCGGCAAUAGAAGCACAAGCAGCAGUACCACCGCUGAGUCACUACAUGCUCCAUCCAUAACAGCAGCACCCUCGUCUGCCACCGUUGCUCCAGCCGCUCCAGUCGUGGCCAUCUUCUCCUCCUCCGGCCCUCUCCACCGCCCCUGGUCCCGCCCUCCCCCAGGCCACGCCUCCAACAGCCUCUUAAAGCCCGACAUCAUCGGCCCAGGGGUCGACCUCUGGGCGGCGUGGGUCGGCACGGUCCCAGGGAAGGCGGGAGGGAGAGGCGGGCGAGGGGGGGAGGCGUCGCAGCUGUCGGGGACGUCGAUGGCGACGCCUCACUUAGCGGGCAUUGCUGCUCUCACCAUGCAGAAGCACCCCAAGUGGAGCCCCGCGCAGGGCUUUGGACCCUGGGCUGACCUACAAUGCCCGGAGAUGGGCUUAUUGGCUGCCGCGCCGAUCGCCCCUCGCGGGCUCAGCGUCUCCGCCCUCCUAAACUUCAGCAAUUCCGCCGCUCCCGCUAAGAACGUCCCCGUUAAGAAGCAGCUCCGCACAGAGGAUGGAAUUUUCGGCACGUCGGGCGGCUUCGGCUUCACCAAGGCCAACGAGCUCUUCGUGGGUCGCGUCGCGAUGCUCGGCUUCGCCGCGUCGCUCCUUGGCGAGGCCGUCACGGGGCAGGGCAUUCUCUCGCAGCUCAAUCUCGAGACCGGCAUUCCAAUCACGGAAGCCGAGCCGCUCCUCCUCUUCUUCAUCGCAUUCACCGUACUCGGCGCGAUCGGCGGGCUGGGUGAUCGCGGGCGAUUCGUGGACGAUGAGCCGGCGGGGCCGGCCGCGAGCCCCGGGAACAUCAAGUUGGCGCUUGGGCUGAGCGAGGACGGGCCCCUGUUCGGGUUCACCAAGGCGAACGAGCUAUUCGUGGGGCGCAUGGCGCAGCUAGGGUUUGCCGCAUCGCUGAUCGGCGAGGUGGUGACUGGGCGGGGCGCUUUGGCGCAGUUGAAUAUCGAGACGGGCCUGCCGGUUUGGGAGUUGGAGCCACUGCUGCUUGCGAGCAUCGCGUUUUUCUUCGUGGCGGCGAUUAACCCUGGUACAGGGAAGUUCAUUAACGAUGAAGAGUGA